GGGAAUGGCUGCAGCAAAGGCAGUGACCUUCGAGGAGGUGGCUGUGUAUUUCACCGCGGAAGAGUGGGCUCUGCUGGACCCCACUCAGAGAGCCCUCUACAGGGACGUCAUGCAGGAGAAUUAUGAGAAUGUGACCUGGCUGGGAUUCCCCAUCCCUAAACCUGACCUGAUCUCCCACAUGGAGCGAGGGGAACAGCUGUGGGUGCACCAAGCAGGUGAUGGGACAGCCAGUGAGAUCGAGGAGGAGAAUCCCCAGCAGGGAGGCCCUGAGUUGGCAGAACCAGAUGGGAGGUUCUCAGGAAGGUCCCAGGGGAACGUUUGCCACGGAGAAGCUAGCGAGAGUCAGAGCAGGUCGGAGGAGCAGUGGGGAAAACUGCCCGGGGGGAGAGAGGGUAAAUCCUCUCCUGAAGAGGGAUGUUUCAAGAAACUCAAACAGCUCCUGGACCUUAAGGGGAAGCACAACAGAGGGACGGGAAAUGCAGGCACUGAACGUGGGCAGGUCUCACAAGAGAUGCUCUUUCCGGGAACCCUCCCAGAAGACGCAUCCCACAGGUGCGGGCGAAGCCUCCAGCAGAGCUCGGUGCCUCCAGAACAUCUGAGCGCAGCCCGCACCACCCAGCAGAGAAUCCUCUCGGGGCAGAAACCCUGCCAGUGCCCCGACUGCGGGAGAAGCUCUGAUCGGCAGUCGACCCUCAUGGCACAUCAGAGCCUCCACACAGGAGAGAAACGGCCCUACAAGUGCCCCGACUUGCUGAGGCAACCCUACAAGUGCCCGGACUGCGGGAAGGGCUUCAUCUGGAGCUCCAGCCUCACGGCUCACCGGAGAGUCCACACGGGCGAGCGUCCCUACCCGUGUCCCGACUGCGGGAAGGGCUUCAGCCGGAGCUCCCACCUCAAAUCGCACCGGAGAGUCCACACGGGCGAGCGACCCUACCCGUGUCCCGACUGCGGGAAGGGCUUCACGACCAAAACAGCCCUGAGCACUCACCACCGGAGCCACACGGGCGAGAGACCCUACAAAUGCGCUGAGUGCGAGAAGAGCUUCAGCCAGAAGGCGCAUCUGCACCAGAGGACGCACUCCGGGGAAAAGCCCUACGUCUGUGCCAACUGCGGGAGAAGAUUCACGGAGAACUCCACCUUGAUCAAGCACCGGCGGAUCCACACCGGGGAGAGACCCUACAAAUGUGAGGUGUGUGGGAAAAGCUUCCGCCAGCGCUCCAACCUGGCCCAGCACGCCUGGGUCCACUCAGGAGAGAGACUCAGCCAAGACCACGGGGGUAGCCGCAUGGACAGCACGGCCUUGCCGGAGCGCCACGCAGCAGAGAGACCCUACCGCUGCCUUGACUGCGGAAGGACUUUCAGACGGAGCACGGACCUGCUGGCCCACCGGAGAGUCCACACGGGCGAGCGACCCUACGCAUGCCCUGACUGCGGGAAGGGCUUCAGCCAGAGCUCCCACCUCAAAUCGCACCAGAGAGUCCACACAGGUGAGCGACCCUACCCGUGUCCCGACUGUGGGAAGUGCUUCAGCCGGAGCUCCCACCUCAAAUCGCACCGGAGAGUCCACAUGGGCGAGCGACCCUACGCAUGCCCUGACUGUGGGAAGGGCUUCAGCCGGAGCUCCCACCUCAAAUCACACCAGAGAGUCCACACGGGUGAGCGACCCUACCCGUGUCCCGACUGUGGGAAGUGCUUCAGCCGGAGCUCCCACCUCAAAUCACACCAGAGAGUCCACACGGGUGAGCGACCCUACCUGUGUCCCGACUGCGGGAAGGGCUUCAGCUGGAGAUCCAAUCUCACAGCUCACCAGAGAGUCCACACUGGGCCAGCUGAUUAAGGGCUGGGCAAUACCUUUGGCUGUUACCCUUGGAUACAGGUGAGACAAUUACGGCGACGACCUAUGAAAUCCUGGACAAACCUUACUGAAUUUUGGUUUAACACCUCUGGGGUUCAUGCAAAUGGAGUUAAAAAUGCAAAUGUUUCUGUGCUCAGUGGGGUUGUUUGGAACUCCAUUAUCAAGAAGACAGGAUUAAUACAACUGCUGGGACAUACACAGCACUUGGAAGGAACUUUGUGCAAUGGGGGUAAAGCGGAUUUUCUAGGAAAUCCCUGCGGGUGAGGGGAAUGCAUGCCACCCUUUGGAAGGGAAGCCCUGGGGAGAGAAACCAGUUGUCUGCUAAUUACCUGCACCUGGAAACUCCAGCUCAGCAACCCCUGGACUGUAUGAAGGGUGAGCUAAACGUGUCGGAAGCCGGCUUGUGAGCUGAAGCUAUGAUGAGCUUGAAGGCACGAGGCCCCUUUGGUGGGGCUCUGAAGGACUUCUCCUACCAGAGCCCACAUGAGGGUCGGGGUCAAAUCUGGAGAGCUUAUUCGCAGGCAUGUAGGAUCUGUGAUUGGUUUGACUGUUUCCUCUGCAGUGGAACAAAAUAGGCUUCCA